AUGGGAAAACUGUCAAUGUUCACUCAUUGUCCCACUAAAACUGGGAGCAACUUUGGGAGUCCAGGUGAGCGUGGGGUGCUGGGCAUUGCUUCACCUAUAAAUGGGUGCAGCUCUCUCUCUCUCUGUCUGGCCGCCGUGGGUCAUCAGCAGCUUUACUGGUCCCACCCUAGGAAAUUCGGCCAGGGCUCCCGCUCAUGCCGAGUCUGUGCGAACCGACACGGCCUGAUCCGGAAAUAUGGCCUCAACAUGUGCCGCCAGUGCUUCAGACAAUACGCUAAAGGUAUCGGCUUCGUCAAGCUGGACUAAAUUACAAAAGGAGCAAGAAUGCAUUCCAAUGUAGUGUGAAAUGGUAACACAGCAUGUGUUGAACAACUUUCUACUGUCUUCACCUGGAAGAAGCAAAUUUGUGAUGCUCCAUUUUUGUAAAUAAAAUCAAAUUGUCCUUUG